CGAUGGUAGCGCACCUAUGAAUAAAAAAGUGUAGUAGAAAUUUUCUCUACAUGUGGUAUGACAUUCUUUACAUAAUUUGAAUUUAACCUAUUACAAGUAAAUGUUGGCAAUAGUAAUAGGUUAAGGACUAUAAAUAUUUUAAUAAAUAUUUAAAGAAAUCUCUAUACAAUGGCUAAAAUUGCAAUACAAAACUAUUUGCGAAAAUUUCUUCGAGAACGAAAUUCUUUACGAGCAUUUGGAUCAAAUGUUUAUCAAAAAGCAAUGUCAACACAAGUUUCGCCUGAGCAAGAAGAAACAAAUGACAAAAUAAAAGACUCUGUUAAUCCUUUGGAACACCCAGAUUUUUUCCAAGUACAUAAUCUUUUUACCGUUAAAGAUUUAUUUAAUGAAAUGGUACAUUAUGGUCACAAGGAGGGCACUUUACAUGAUAAUAUGCGUCCAUUUAUAUUUGGUUCUCGAUUAGGACACUUGAUAAUAGAUUUAAACCAAACAGCCGAACUUUUACGACAAGCAUUGAAUUUUACUGCUCAUAUUGCGUUACAAGGUGGAUUAAUUUUAUUUAUUUCCAAGAAUCCUCCAACCACUUACAUAAUUGAAAAAACUGCUAUGAAUUGCCAAGAAUAUGCAUUAACUAGAACCUGGAGACCUGGAACAUUUACAGAUUCCACUAAAAUAUUUCGAUUAGAAACAAGAUUACCUGAUCUGUGUAUAUUUCUUCACACACUUGACAAUGUCCUUACUCCACAUCCUGCAAUUAUUCAAGCAGCAAAAAUGUGCAUACCUACUAUUGGUAUUGUCGAUACAAAUUGUAAUCCUAAUCUUAUAACGUAUCCUGUUCCUGGCAAUGAUGAUACACCAUGUGCCAUUGAACUUUAUUGUAAACUGUUUUGCGAGGCGAUAUUGCGUGGCAAAACUGCUAGAAAACUUAUGUUACAAAAAUAAAAAUCUCUUAAAAAGUGAUUUUAUAUAUUUAAUGUAUAAACAUGUAAAAUACAAUGUCUUCUUUAAUACAACUUA